CACACGAGCAAUCGCUCGCUUUGACUCAAUUGCUACUCAUUUCACUACCUCGCAGCAAUCGCCGCAACAUGGACUUCUCCCAGCUCACCGCGAAUGACCAACAAGCAAUGGAGGCCAUUGUGGCCCGCAAGCAGAUGAAGGACUUUUCCCGCCUCUUCACCUCCCUCGUGGACCGUUGCUUCACAUCCUGCGUCGACGACUUCACCUCUCGCUCUCUCACAUCCAGGGAGGACGAGUGCGUGAGCAAGUGCACGCAAAAGUUCUUGAAGCACUCGGAGAGGGUUGGCGCGAGGUUUCAGGAGGAGAAUCAAAAGAUUGCCGGUGGGAACUGAGGAUGAGGAUGUAUGCGGCACGACUUCGCUACUUGACGAAAUGCGACUCGCUACAAGACCUGACUCUGGGCGAUGCGAUGCGAUGCGAUGCGAU